UCCGGCGUUGAGACUGUCACUUGGCUGCUCGCGUCAGGCCACACCGGUGGUCUGGGCUGUGGCGCGCGGGUCGGGGCCCGAGACUGGCGGCGAGGAAGGACCUUAUGGCCUUCGAGGAUGUGGCUGUGUACUUCUCCCAGGAGGAGUGGGGGCUCCUGGACACAGCGCAAAGGGCCCUGUACCGCCACGUGAUGCUGGAAAACUUCACACUUGUGACCUCACUUGGACUCUCCACCUCCCGACCUCAUGUGGUCAUCCAGCUUGAGCGUGGUGAGGAGCCCUGGGUUCCCAGUGGAAAGGACAUGACCCUGGCCAGGAACACCUACAGGAGGCUCAAUGCUGGUUCCUGGAGUGUGGCAGAGGAUGGAGAUGUUUCUGGAGAAUGUCCACCAGCUUUCCCAGAUACCCCACCUGGGAUGACUACUAGCGUCUUCCCAGUUGCCGGUGCCUGCCACAGUGUAAAAAGCCUGCAGCGACAACGGAGUGCCUCCCCAUCUCGGGAGAGAAAACCCACAGGGGUGUCGGUGAUCUACUGGGAGAGACUCCUGCUAGGCUCGGGCAGUGGGCCAGCCAGCGUCAGCCUGCGACUGACCUCACCACUCAGGGCCCCCAAGAGCAGCCGGCCCAGGGAAAAGACCCUCACAGAGCACCCGGUGCCUGGGAGGCGGCCCAGGACGCCUGAGCGGCAGAAGCCAUGUGCACAGGAGGUCCCUGGGAGAGCCUUCGGGAAUGCCCCGGACCUGAAGGCCGCCAGUGGUGGUGGGGAUCGCAGAAUGGGUGCGGCUUGGCAGGAGCCUGAAAGACUCCUCGGUGGCCAGGAGUCCUCGACCUGGGAUGAGCUGGGCGAGGCUCUCCCCGCUGGGGAGAAGUCCUUCGAAUGCAGGGCGUGCAGUAAAGUGUUCGUGAAGAGCUCCGACCUCCUCAAGCACCUACGCACCCACACCGGGGAGCGGCCCUACGAGUGCGCCCAGUGCGGCAAGGCCUUCAGCCAGACGUCGCACCUGACGCAGCACCAGCGCAUCCACAGCGGCGAGACGCCCUACGCCUGCCCCGUGUGCGGCAAGGCCUUCCGGCACAGCUCCUCACUGGUGCGGCACCAGCGCAUCCACACGGCCGAGAAGUCCUUCAGCUGCUCCGAGUGCGGCAAGGCCUUCAGCCACGGCUCCAACCUCAGCCAGCACCGCAAGAUCCACGCGGGCGGGCGUCCCUAUGCCUGUGCACAGUGUGGCCGCCGCUUCUGCCGCAACUCGCACCUGAUCCAGCACGAGCGUACGCACACGGGCGAGAAGCCCUUCGUGUGCGCGCUCUGUGGUGCCGCCUUCAGCCAGGGCUCCUCGCUCUUUUUGCACCAGCGCGUGCACACAGGCGAGAAGCCCUUCGCCUGCGCCCAGUGCGGCCGCUCCUUUAGCCGCAGCUCCAACCUCACCCAGCACCAGCUCCUGCACACGGGCGAGCGGCCCUUCCGCUGUGGGGACUGUGGCAAGGGUUUCGCCAAGGGCGCUGUGCUGCUGAGCCACCGGCGCAUUCACACGGGCGAGAAGCCCUUCGUGUGCACGCAGUGUGGCCGCGCCUUCCGUGAGCGCCCGGCCCUCCUGCACCACCAGAGGAUCCACACCACAGAGAAGACCCAUGCGGCAGCACCAGACUGCACCCCCGGGCCAGGUUUCCUUCAGGGGCGACAUCGGAAGGUGCGCCGGGGAAGGAUGCCAAGCCCAGUCCUGAAGCCAGCGAAGGUCUGAGGUCCUAGCUCGCAGCCCCACCCUUUCCUGGCCUUCUGUGAAUCCCUUCCACAGCUAAAGGGUCCGUCUGCUCUUCAGAUCCACGAUGGGAAAAAAACCCUGUGCCUGAGAGUCAGGGACCAGGGAGACCCUUUGGCUGUGGUUCCAUUCGCAGGUGGGGACAUGAUUUGCCAGUUUAGCCAUAGCUCACACCUCCAUCCCCAAAGAGGUAACACUGCAGAAACAUCAGAGGGAGGACAUGUCAGCUGGAACUCUGGUGGGGCUGAGGCUGCAGCUGGGGCCAUAGGAGGCCGACAAAGGCAGCACUGCAUGGUGGUGCUACUUCAUGUGUUAUGAGAGUGGAUGCUGAGGUGAGGGGGAUGCGGACAUGGGGUAAGGGUGGCCCAGAGAAACUUACCACAUCUGCAUACAAACUGGCCGCUGGAUGGACUCUGAGGACAUUUGCCCCCUGAGGCCUCUGUUCAAGGCUUCCUGGGGGCCAUCUCAGCAGACAGGAGACCACCGGGGACUGGGGAUCAGGGUGUGGCCUGUGAGUGUCAGCCUCCUCCUCUGGGAAACAGAAACGCUUUGGGUCAACUCAGCCUCAUGUUUGCAGAUGCUGGGCGAGAUCCUAAUGAGAGUCAAUGUGUGCUCAGCUCCUGGGCUGUGCUCUGGUCAGCCAGGUGUGAGGGCCUGGCCUGUGGUCACACACACAGCCGACUCAGGAGAGGGAUGCCCGUGGUUCUCAGCACUGGAAGGACAAAUCUAGGAUGCUGGCUUUCCAGUGGCACUCGUUCAGGUUUUCGUCCAAGUCUCAGCUUGGCCAAUGCCUGUCACUGACUCGUUUACCAAAGUCGAUGUGAGGAGCAGACUUUACAACGGUGGGGACAGUGAUAGCUUCAGAGCAGAUAAGGUGGAGCUGCUAAUUUCUGCUGGGUUUGGUGGCCAUUCCCCACCCCCACCCCACCCCCACCCCCUCUAUCUCACCUUUCCCUUGUUAUGCCUCCUCAAUUAAAGGCUGGACAGAGAGCUGAAUAGGAAGGACUUGCCAUUACCUAAGGCAAUGUGUGACUGCCCCACCCCAGUGUGAUGGGCCUGUAUGGCAGAGACAAAAGGGUAGACUGGGGGUCAUUUACUUCCUGUGGCCUUAAGCCUACUAGGCCCCAUCCCUACCUGGAACCUCACCUCCAAGGAAAUUAAUGGUCUUUUCAAUGGGGAAGAAAAAAAACAACUAGCAUUUGCAAUUUAAAAUAGAUGUAGUUUCCUUUACA